AUGCCUGUCUACCUUAUUUCAAGGAUCGCCGAUCCCCUCUUCGCCUUGACCAUGGGUGUUGGGGCUGCCCUCACCCGUAUUCGCCGUGACCAGCGCGAGAUGUUCCCCGAGCAGGCAUCACAAAUCAGCUAUGGCACUGUUGUGAAGACGGGUGGACAGCGGUUACAACGGUGGUGGAACGGAGACUUCCAGGAUGUUUAA